AUGUCCCGGCAGAAGUUGUCUUUGGGCGCAGCAGUGGCUGCUCAUGCUUCUAGUCCUCAAGAACAAAUGGUGCUGCGGCCCCCCCGGCGGAGUCCCAGCUACCUCUCAGAUCUCUAUCAAAACAUGCUGCGGGAUGAAGAGGUGCGGAGUAUGGAGCGGAGGCGCUGCCAGCCAUUGCGGAGCAGCAACAGUGCUGGCCUUUUGAAUGCAUCGAUCAAUGAGGAGGCGCGGCGGAAAGAUCCCCAGAGCUACACGGUUUCGAGCUGUGAUCCACACCUGAGGCCUAUCAUGCGUCGCCGGGCCAGAUCCUUGCCCAGUUCCCCAGAGAGGAGGAGCACAGCGGCCCAGUGCCGCAUCCCCGGUUGCAGCACCCGCAGGAACCGGGUCAGGUUUGCAGAUGCUCUGGGUCUGGAGCUAGCCGAAGUGAAAGUUUUCCAAGCUGGGGAAGAUCCCUCGAUUCCCUUACAUGUUCUCUCCCGCCUGUCCAUCAAUUCCGACCUGUGCUGCAGCAGACUGGAUCUGGAAUUUACCAUGCAGUGCCUGGUGCCUGACUUCCAGCAGCCCGCUGACUUGGAAGACUUCCUCAGCCGCCUCCAUCAGCAGCGAGUGUGCCUGGAGCGAGUGAGCAGCUCGGAUUUGGGCCUGAAUGGCACGGUCUGGGUGGUGAAUGUCGCCUUUGAGAAGCAGGUAGCCGUGCGCUACACCUUCAACCACUGGAGAGGCCAGCAUGAAGUGAGCGCCCGAUGGCACAGUAGUGCCCCUGGAAAGGAUGGGCAGGACCAUGUUGACAUCUUCACCUUCUUCCUUCCCAUACCCCCUUUCCUUCUCAAGGUUAGCUCGGUGGUUGAAUUUGUGGUCCGGUACCGAGUCAAUGGGCAGGAGUACUGGGAUAACAACGGAGGCAAGAACUACAGCCUCACGUGUAGGAGUCAUCCCCUGAAGAUGCCCAGAGAAUGUGAGGAGAGCUGGAUCCAUUUCAUCUAAUGCUGCUGGGCUUUUGCUAAGCUAGUUGGCUCUAUCUGCCUUUGGCAUUUCUUUCCUUCCCAACACACCAAAGAAACCCUUCAGAAUAAAUCUGCACAAAAAUUAUUUAAGAAAGUUAACAGAACUAAAAAAACAUAAAGGCCAUUUCCUGCAUUGAUUUGCACUCAAAUGCAACUUUUUAAAUGUGCAAAAUCACUGCCAAUAGGAUGUCGCGAAGAGGAACCAAGUCACUUUCCAUUAUUAUUUUGAUUGACUCUUGCGGCAGGGUAGAAUAUGUUCAAAAGAGAGAGUAUUUUCUAAAAAGCCUCAUUUUUUGUGCUCGUCUAUAAUUUUGCACUUGGAAUGCUGCACUUUAUGUCUUGUGUUUGUAUUGGACAACAUUUUAGUUUAGUUCAUUUCUAAUCUUUCUCCUCAGUGGAGACGCAAGGUGGAUUACAUUGUCCUCCACCCUUUUUACCUUCACAACAAUCCUGUGGAGUAGGUUUGGCUGAGAGUGUGUAACUGGCCCAGGGUCACCCAGCUAAAGAAAUAUGGGCACAACUUUAUAUUACAGAAAAAUAUAUAUAUUGCACAGAUCUUAUGCACUGGACAAAUACAGGGACUGGGAUGCAAAAUUAUACAAAGGGAUGUUCAGAAAUGUGAUAAAUACUGAAUUAAAAAUGUAUAUCUGCACUGCAGUUUAAAAAGUAAAACGGCCUGGAUGAUACUACCAGACAGGGUUCCUAACAAAUGAGGUGUACCAGUCCCUGGAGAUUAGUAAAAGGAAGGGGAAGUGGCAGGCUGUUGUUACUAAGGGAAACAAAGGUGUUUUGUUUGCUUUUGAUGAGAAGUUCAUAUUUCAUCCAAGGUAAGAUCAAAGCAGAUUUUAGGGGUGGAUGGAUGAACCUAUGCAGAGUAUCUUCUUUCGUCGCACAUUUGAUUUCUUUGAGCAAGGAUGAUUUUGCACUUCAAGAAAGCCAAAAUGCCAUACUGAUCGGUAGCCCCAACCCUGAAGCAAUUCAGCUAGAUUGCUGAAAGAGCAGUUCAGCUAGACUGCUGAAAGAUAAGGUCAGUAAAUGGGGAUUGUCAAUACAGUAAUAUGCCAAUCAAAAUUUGUAAAUGAAAUGAGCCUUGAGCUUUUAAAAAGCAAAGUGCCUUCUCCAGAGACGCUUAGUCAAGAUGAGGAAGAUGAUCCCACCAGGGCAAAUGAAUUAAGUGCACUUUAAGGAUAUUUGAGAUGUGUUUAGACUGCAAAGGGUCUGGGGUUCAAAUUCCAGACAGGUCCAUGUGAGCACAGACAGGGGUUAUAUGCACACUUCAAGGGUAUGAAGUUCAGUCCCAAGGCUUCACUGGGUCAAGAGCUGGAAAAACUUUCUCCUGUUUAUAAUUCCAAUAUGACUAUGUAAACUUGGAAUGAGGAUGGCUAUUAAGGCUGGAUCCACAGGUUUUCAUACUGUGUUUCUGCCGUAGUUCUUCCCCUCCUUCGUAAAAUAGGUUGAUUUUUCUGAUUCUGUUGUGGAUUAACACAUGCAAAUGAAUAAAGUGUUGUCAGUGGUGCACCAUUAUAAAAUCUGAAUUUUGGCAGUCAGGUACUAAUGAGAUGUUACUGUUAAUCUUGCACAUGUAUAUGUACUUCUGUGCAUGGUCAAAGAAAAGUUUAUUUGAUAUGUACUCUAGUCUACCCAGUGCUGGAAAAUGCCGUAAAUCAAAUCUGCUGUAUUUAAUGUCAGCUCAGGAGAUUAAGUCUAAUUGCCUAGUAUUAAUGUAGUGAAAUCCUGGGGAAUGUAAAUGAUUUAAUGCUGAUAUCUACUUUUUCCUUUUGCAUUGUGCAGUAGUUGGUUCUAGCUGUAUGGAUUGGGAUUUAUUGCUAUCCUAUUCCUUCAUGGUGUGGGGAAACAUUUGGGUGUUUUGUUUCAAGUUCCCUGUAUUUUGGGACUGCUCUGGGCUUUGAGAAAUGUGAGGCUGGUGAUUGCAUAGGGCGUUAUGGCACACUCUGUCCCAUGUGAAAGCUGGACAGGAUCCCAGAGACCCAGAGUAGAAACUCAUGUCAGCUGGACUUUAGCUAAAGAGAAGAUGUUUCCCACGGGGCCAUUCUUCAGAUACCCAAGAUCCUUUCAAGUGCCUAACUGGCAUAAAAGAAGGGUAAGGUAAUGGAAAAUCGGCUUCCCUUACUGGAGAUGGAUCCAGCUGGUUUAUAAAUGUAAUGCUAAGCAGGCUGGAGGUAUGAAAUGAAAUUAUGGAGCUCCCAUGUGUAUUUCAACAGAAGGGUGCCCAAAAUACUGUAAAGUUUUAAAUGUGCUACUGGCUGCAUCUUAUUGCAACAAGCUUUCUAUUUUCAGACUAAAAGGCACUGUUAUGAUAGCCGAGAUGUUAUGUUACUGUGAGAUCUACAUAUGCCCCCGUUCAGAGGCCUGUGAGCUCUGCCACGCAUAUGCAGAGCUUCUGUGUGUAUGAGUUUCCCAGUUGAUUUUGCAAAGGAGUGUAUUCAUCCUAUUGUGUGUUGAAAUGAACGGAGAUAUUUUUAUGGGAAGAGAAGUUCUGUAUGGACUUGAGGGCACCUGCAGAUUUGGGGGUGAUGGCCCAAUUAAAACAUCCUCGCACAGAGCAGCUUCCUAUUUCUGAAAAGGAAUUUUUCACUGUAAGAACUGAAGUUCAUUGCACUAUACAGUCUUAUGUGCAGAGACUUACUAUGGAAAAUAAAUUACCGUUCUGUAAAA